UUGUUCUUCUUUGGCGGGGUAAGCAUCGACAAUAAACAUUAAAAGCCGCAUAAUUAACGUUAAACACGAAUAGCCGCAUCUUAUGACAUAACGUACGUACUUCUCCGGGUAGGCAUAUGCAUAUAUACGUACCUGGCUGUAUUUAGUAUAGCCUAUAGGCCUACCGGGUAUACCCUGUUAAUGCCAGAGGUGUUCCGACUGCAGAUUAACUUCCCUCGCUGGCCUUGUAGAUGAAAUAUACCAGGAGGAAUCGAGACCAAGAAUGGCAGGAACAGUACCUUUGGCAAGUGAUAAUGUCAUUCCAGAGACCAAAGAUGAUAGGAUGGAAAAUCAAGUUCAUGAGGGGAUGGUAAACUCCAGCCCACAACGUGAGGGAGAGGUGGUAAACUCCAGUCCACAACCUGAUGGAGGGGUGGUAGAGCCCUGCCCACAACGUGAGGGAAUGGUGGUAGAGUCCUGCCCACAACCACAUGAGGGAAUGGAUCAAGACCAUAGACACGAUACGACAAAUCUGGAAAGGUUUGAUUUUUGGACGAUACCCAUAGCUGGAACUGCAACCAACAACACAACCACUUCCAUAACCGGAAUUUCGCAAAGUACCAACCUAGUUGAUGACCCGCCAGAGAACACAGUUUGUUUGGAAGAAGCAGACAAUUCUGUACAUCCAAAUCCUACCAGUGAUGUUCCUAAUGAUCCAGCCAGCAGCAUUGCUUUUGAAACAAAGAUGUCUUCUUGUCAAAGCAGUGAUAGGAAUGAUAUAGAAUGGCGCUUUGUAGGCUUGAUUAUAUUGAUGGCUUUAUAUUCUGUAAAGCUGCAAGACGGUUUACAUCAAGUUCCCUCUAAUGAUUUACAAGAUCCCUGGAGAAGGUGUGCAACGAUGGCUGAUAGUACCACAAAUCAUCAGAAUCUAUCUUCUGUGGACCCGCCAUUAAUGCUUAUGAAAUUACCACGAACUGACUUCAUAAUACAAGAGGAGGGCAUCAGACGAGGAGCUGAUGUCCAGUUCACCAAUGAUACACUGAGAUGUGAGGCUCGGCCAUGUCCAGACGAGGAAGCAGUAUUGCUCUCAGAUAUCUUCCAGCCAACUUCUGUGAAUGGAACAAACAAUGAGGAAAGCUACAUAAAUAUUAUGUUGAGGCAAGAAAGAAGUCAUUCUCAGAAUCAUCCCAAUGUUAUCCCUAUCAGCGAUCACAAUUAUACGACCAGCUCGACUGACAUGGGUCCAGAUAGCGAUGAAGCAACAUCAUCAGAGGGUGAGGAACUGCAGUCAAACAUUACAACCCGACCACCUGAAAGCCGACCUCAAGGUGUUCCUCAUGGUGGAAGGCUAGAUCCAUUGACACGGUUAAACAACACAUGCAACUUGGACCAGUUAGUUAACGGCCAGUACCUUAUAUGCCUGUUCCGACCCAUUCGAAAUCUGUUGGAAGACAGAGCACAAAGAUUCCCUGAAACAUAUGGACAUCUCUGGCACGCUCUGCGUCUGUGUGAGGCAGGGCAAUUUGCAGCAGCAAAAUUCUACCUGGCGCCCUUGUACGACAUGUACAGUGCAGAAGGAACUAGGGUGAUGCCACUCAUUGAGGGACAGCUGCGACAUUUCUUUUCGACUUCAUGCCAAAAGUGUGGAUAUUGUCAUGAUGGCGUGCCUAUAGCAGAUAUCUGUCUAAACGAAUAUAAUCG